AUGAACCAGACCUUCGACCUCCCGGACUCGACCGACUGGCUCGCCACGCCACUGUCGCUGCUCGCGCCGCUUGAGUCCGCCCUUCGGUGCCAAGUCUGCAAGGACUUCUUCGAGAAUCCCGUCAUCACCUCAUGCAGCCACACCUUUUGCUCGUUAUGUAUUCGCCGCUGCCUGAGUAACGAGGGGAAGUGUCCCGCGUGUCGCAAGCCAGACCAGGAGCUGAAGUUGCGGCAGAACUUGACCGUGCAGGAGCUUGUGGAGACUUUCCAGAAUGCGCGGCCGAGCGUGUUGCAGCUGGCGACCCAGGCCGUGGCCGCGGCGGCGGCAACGGCGCGGGAUGAUGGGGAGGAUUUAGAGCAGCAACAGCCGACUUCAAAGAAACGCAAGGUCGAGUCUUCUGGGAAGACUGAGCAUGGCGCAUCAAUUGCCUCACUGGAUGCGAAUGCCGGCGCGGUGAGGUCGACGGAGGGGGUGAGGACGCGAUCGCAGGCGAGAGGGGGUCCGACGCAGCAGGGGCUGACGGAAGUGAUUGAAGUGAUUGAUGAUAGUCAAGAUGAGGAAUUUGUUCCAGCGGACGGACUCGUCGCAUGUCCAGUAUGUCAAAGGAGGAUGAAAAACGAAGCGGUGUUCUCACAUCUUGAUAAAUGCACUGGGGAGCCGGCGCCCAGAUCGCCCCCCAAAGCUAGUUAUGGCUCUUUACAUAUGCAGAUGCCAGCGCCCUUCCCAUAUAGAAAUUCCAAGAGCAAGACACCAGAAAGGCUCCCGACCAUGAAUUAUUCUCUCUACAAAGAAAGCAUGCUCCGGAAAAAGCUCAAAGAUCUCGGCAUCCCUAAUACAGGCCCACGGGCACUUCUGCAAAGGCGUCAUACAGAAUGGGUGAAUCUCUGGAACGCCAAUUGCGACUCGAAAUCGCCCAAGCCCCAUGGAGUCUUGUUGCGCGAACUCGACGUCUGGGAACGGACCCAAGGCAAUCAGCCGUCCUCGUCGUCUGAAGCUCCCGGAUCGGUCAUGCGCAAGGAUUUCGACAAGGCUGCUUGGUCACACAGCCAUGAAGACGACUUCAAGAGGCUUAUUGCUAACGCUCGGCAAAAGAGUAGCGCCGCGCGUGCGACUUCACCGCAAAUAUCUGCUGCGCAAACAAUGCAAGACACACCUGUUCCAGAGCCGACACAAGACCUGAUAUCAGCAGAGUCCACCACUUCCCCCAACACGAUGCCUGGAGAUGCCAUCGUGUCAGGUGCUGUUGCAUCCGAGACGCCAGUGCCACCAGAAUCGAGCAAUGGCCAAUAA